CAUGUAUGAUUAAUGUCUAUUUAUGAUGAGUAAUUCAACUUUCAAAUAGAUUGCAUAAUGUCUUUAAUCUUCAUUGAUAUAUAUUUCCUUUUUUUGUAUUACUUAAUAUCUGAAAUGGGUUUGAUAUAUCUAUGUUUUGUAAUAUUUUGAACUGCUUAUCAUCACUAAGAAAUUAAAUCAAAUCGCAAUACAAACAAGUCUCCAAUAGGGGGCAACCAGUAGGCACACAUGCAAGUUUUAAGUGAAGAGUGCCAUCUACUGGCGGAAGCUGUUCCAUGUUUUGUAAUUCUUACGCAAAGUCUUUUGUAACUCAAUCGUUGUUCUCCAUUACGACGGGAGUCCUAUCUGCACGUGAUUGAAGCGCGUGGACACACAUCAGGGAGUCCAUCACCCGCUUUAUCUUUCAUUCACUUUCUUCUCGUGAAGGAGGAUGUCCACGGUUCCGAAGGUGACGCUGGCCGGAGGCCUGGAGGUCUGUCGGAUCCUGAACGGGAUGUGGCAGGUGUCCGGAGCCCACGGGACCGUCAGCACGACCAGAGCAGUUGAGGCCAUGCAGACCUACGCAGAUGCAGGUCUGACCACAUUCGACAUGGCAGAUAUUUAUGGGCCAGCGGAGGACAUCUUUGGACGGUUCAACAGCCAGCUGAAAUCUUCUGGAAAAGAUGUUCCCGCGCUGCAGGCUCUGACUAAAUAUGUUCCAAACCCAGGACCCAUGGAGCGUAAGGUGGUGCAGAAGGCAGUGCAGCGCUCCAUGAGCAGAAUGCAGGUGGAAAUCCUGGAUUGUGUCCAGUUUCAUUGGUGGGACUACAAUGACAGAAGAUAUUUGGAUGCACUGGGACAUCUGUCGGACCUGCAGAACGAGGGCAUCAUACGCGAGAUCGCUCUCACUAACUUUGACACUCAGAGAAUGGAGGAGAUCACUAAUAAAGGCAUUCGGAUCUCUAGCAACCAGGUCCAGUACUCUCUGAUUGAUCAGCGACCUGCAGUGAAGAUGGAGCAGUUCUGUCUGGCUAACAACAUCCAGCUUCUCACUUAUGGGACGCUCGCUGGAGGUCUGCUGUCUGAGAGCUAUCUUGGGAAGGCGGAGCCUAAAUCCAGGGCGGAGCUCUACACUGCAUCUCUUUCCAAGUACAAGAAAAUGAUUGACGCUUGGGGUGGAUGGAGUCUCUUCCAAGAUCUUCUAGUCACCUUGGACACCGUUGCCAAGAAACAUGACUGCUCAGUGGCCAGUGUCGCAACACGCUAUGUGCUGGACCGCCCCGCAGUGGGUGGAGUCAUUGUGGGUUGCCGAUUUGGCGUCGCAGGGGCGGGGCAGCACAUCCGUGACAGUCUGUGUAGCUGCAGCCCAGAGCUGAAGCUGACGCCCGAAGAUCACGCUGCCAUUGAGGCAGUGACGCAGCGCUCCAGGGACCUUAUGGCUCUCAUUGGAGACUGUGGGGAUGAGUACAGGAGCUGAAGGGGGGAGGAGGAGCUUUGACAGACAGGAUCUGGCAACUCAGUGAGGAUGGGGCAGACCUCAGCUACAAAACAAAAAUUUCAGCCUUUUUUUAAAACUUGUUUUAUUCCAUUUAUGAAAUGUAAAUGAGAAGUUUUUGGAAUUUUUUUUUUUAUUAUAAUGCAUUUAUCACUCAAGUAUUUGUCUUUUUUGAGUCUGUGAUGAAGAAACCAAAUGGAUUUAUUCAAUGUAAGAAGCCUCUAAGGUUUGAAUAAAGCCGCAAUGAUACGCACAAACACACAGAUCCGAUGUUUGACAUACAUGAAAGUAGCUAAACAAGCGCUUGAAUAAUGUCCUUAUCAGUUUUUUGUUUUUAUUUUACGUUUAGAUCAAUUAUUCAGCUUUAGGACAUUUCACAAAAGACAAAUCCUUGAAAUGGAAAUGUCUCUUUUAGAUGUUCCUAAAUUUACAUUUAUAAAAUAUUUAUAAGUGUAUAAAAGAAUAAAAUAUUUUCCCACCUGG